CUAUUUGACAGUGUCAGUCCUGCUGACAAAACCCAAAAUCUUCUCUUUUCCCUUUCUGGAUUGCACCCCAAGCCUCAUCUCCAUCUCCUAUUCCGACCCUUUUAAGUCUUUAAAAGGUGAGAAAAUGACUCUUCUUGGUGAAUGUUCCGUUGGGUCUUUCGGUCUAGGAAUAUUAUGUGAAUGUAUGUCUUGCCCAAUUAUAAAUGUGUUUGUUUUGUUUUGAGGGGCUGAGGAAUUGAUAAUGGCACACUUACUUUCCACUUCUUGCACUCUUAAAAUUGCUCCUGGAUGUAAACCACAUUCCAGAUUAACCCAGGACUCAUUGGCCUUCUCUGCCUCAUUUUCUUUCCAAGCUUCGAAAUCGCCCUUUAAAAGCAUUCGUUUGCCAGGAGAAAGGUUUAGAACGAACUCUACUUUGCAGGAAACCACAAUUCCAUCUUCUGGUUUUCGUGCAAGCUCGGGUGAAGACUCCAAGGCAGAGAAGGUUAUGGUCAUUGGUGGUGAUGGGUACUGUGGUUGGGCCACUGCACUUCAUCUAUCCAAGAAAGGGUAUGAGGUUGCCAUCGUUGACAGCCUUGUACGUCGUCUCUUUGAUCAGCAGCUCGGUAUUGACUCGCUGACUCCAAUUUCCUCCAUCCACAACCGUGUUCGCCGUUGGAAAGCACUUACAGGAAAGAAUAUUGAACUCUAUAUUGGUGAUAUUUGUGACUUUGAGUUCUUAUCAGAAACCUUUAAGUCAUUUGAGCCUGAUGCUGUUGUUCAUUUUGGGGAGCAGCGGUCUGCCCCGUAUUCAAUGAUUGAUCGAUCAAGAGCUGUUUUUACACAGAAUAACAAUGUGAUUGGAACAUUGAAUGUGCUCUUUGCCAUAAAAGAAUAUAGAGAUCAAUGUCAUUUAGUGAAGCUUGGGACAAUGGGAGAAUAUGGGACUCCAAAUAUUGACAUUGAGGAAGGUUACAUUACAAUUACUCAUAAUGGAAGAACAGAUACUCUGCCAUACCCUAAGCAAGGUAGCUCAUUCUACCAUCUGAGUAAGGUUCAUGAUUCAAACAAUAUAGCUUUCACUUGCAAGGCUUGGGGGAUCAGGGCCACUGACUUAAAUCAAGGUGUGGUUUAUGGAGUGAAAACAGAAGAAACUGAUAUGCAUGAAGAGCUAUGCAACAGGCUUGAUUAUGAUGGUGUGUUCGGGACCGCAUUGAAUAGAUUCUGUGUUCAGGCUGCUGUGGGUCAUCCACUUACUGUUUAUGGCAAGGGAGGCCAGACUCGGGGAUACCUUGACAUAAGAGAUACAGUUCAGUGUGUUGAGCUUGCCAUUGCAAACCCAGCUAGGAGUGGCGAGUUUCGGGUUUUCAACCAGUUCACCGAGCAAUUCUCUGUCAAUGAGCUCGCAGCUCUCGUUACAAAAGCUGGAAAAAAUCUUGGAAUCGAAGUGCAAACCACUUCUGUGCCAAAUCCAAGAGUAGAGGCUGAGGAGCAUUAUUACAACGCCAAGCAUACUAAACUGGUUGAAUUGGGACUUCAACCACACCUGCUUUCAGAGUCUCUUCUUGAUUCUUUGCUCAACUUUGCCAUCGAGUACAAAGAUCGAGUUGACAUCAAGCAGAUAAUGCCCAGUGUCUCCUGGAAAGGAAUCGGAGCCAAGCCGAAGACUGUUACUGCCUAGUGUGAUUGUAGAUACACUUGUUCGAUUAGUACGAGUGGUUUUUUUUAAAAUGGUCAGUCAGUUGUACUAAUUGGAACAUGUUCAGUUUAGUUUAGUUCAGUUCUAUCUUAGAAAGAAGAAAAUGAGAAGCACACAAACAUUAUAAGCUGUUGUACAGUUGUGUGAUGUCUGCAUACCAAGUAAGAAUGUUGAAAAUCCCAAAUCCAUCCAUGGGAUGAUCAAAGCUUUGUUGAAGAAGCUCUUGAAUGUUUAAACAAACACCAGGAAAAUCAAAAUCCAGAUUUCAAACAA